AUGACUGCAUCACAUGAUUGCAAACAAUAUUGUCCAUUUGCAUUUAGCGCUUAUGCUUAUAUACGAUCUAAUGAAGCUAAAAUAUGUGAUCGAAAAGAAACAUCGCCAGUACAUUCAGCUGAAGACCAACCUGAAUCAUAUCAAAUAAGUUAUAAUUCUCAACAACCUAAAUUAACAUAUAAUCGUCCAUUAGUUAGUUUUGUUGAUCAAAGUAUUGGUAGACAACAAGUAAAAACAUUUAAUCAGAUACGUUCACGUGGUGAAGUACUAGUAAUGAAGACAGUUUUUUCAUCAUCAUUUAUGAUGAAACAAAAUCGUCGUUUACAAAAUCAACAACAACUUACUCCAAUUAAUACAUACUCAUCAAUGUACGAACAACAGCAACCAAUAGUUUCUGAUCAACAAUAUGGUCAAUCACUAAAUCAACCAACAGCUGCAUUUAUUCAACCAACAUCACAACGAAGUAUACUUUAUGUUUUUCAAUCAUCAUCUUAUCCUUGA